AUGGAAUUCGAGGUCGCGGCUCCAAAUCCGCUCUCGCCGUCACCCUCCAAGGCGUGCGAGGAGAAAUUGGACGAGGAUCGCCUUCGUGUCAAGCGGAAGACCUUGCAAGCCGUGCUUGAGCAGUGUCAGAGAGCUCUCGAAUUUCUCAACAACGCUGACGGCGCUGCUGCUGCUGCUGCUGCCGAUGGUGAUGAUGAUGAUGAUGAUGACCGUGUCCCUGACCUCGAGGAGUUUAGGGAUAGGGAACUCACUCGACAGAGCUCUUUCGAUUCUCUCGCCGAUCGAGAAGCUGAUGAGCUGUGUGACCUUCUCAAGUCUAGAGUUGAAUGCCCUGACUUUCUUGAAAAGCUAGAGUGUGCCCAAGCUUCUCUUCCACAUGAAAUUACUGGAGAAGAAUGUAGUUCUUGGGACAUGGUAAAUGAGAAUGAUCUUUGGGAAGGUGAAAUCGGUCAUUCAGAACAAGAAGACUUUGUUCUUGUUCGGCAAGAAGAUAUAGUAGACGGUAUUGCCUGCUUCAUGGCUGCUUAUCUUUUGUCCCUUAAACAGACUAAGGACCUGACCCCAAAUCAACUGCAGGAAGCCCUCAGCAAAACGUUCUCUGUUAAAAAGAGAAAAGGAAAGCUUCGGAAGGCUUGGGAUGGAAGCAAAGUAAUUUACAACGUCGCGUCUUGGGGGGCAACAGCCAUCGGGAUAUACCAGAACCCAUUAAUACUGAGGGCUGCCACUAACGCCUUCUGGACCUCAUGCCACAUUAUCUCAAAGCUUCUCUGA